AUGAUCAAAUUGGAAGGUUGGACUGCCGAAAAUAAUCCAACUAUUAUUAGAGAUUCGCACGUAUCAGAAGGUUGGACUGUCGAAAAUGAUCAAACUAUUAUUGAAGAUUCGCACGUAUCGGAGGGUUGGACUGCCGAAAAUGAUCCAACUAUUAUUGAAGAUUCACGCGAAUCGGAGGGUUGGACUGUCGAAAAUGAUCAAACUAUUAUUAGAGAUUCACACGUAUUGGAAGGUUGGACUGUCGAAAAUGAUCAAACUAUGAUUAGAGAUUCGCACUUAUUGGAAAGUUGGACUGCCGAAAUUGAUCCAACUAUUAUUAGAGAAUCGCAACUAUUAGUAGGUUGGACUGUCGAAAAUGAUCAAACUAUUUUUAGAGAUUCGCGCGUAUCAAAAGGUUGGACUGCCGAAAAUGAUCCAACUAUUAUUAGAGAAUCACACGUAUUGGAGGGUUGGACUAUCGAAAAUGAUCAAACAAUUAAUAGAGAUGCGUACCUACUGGAAGGUUGGACUGCCGAAAAUUGUCAAACUAUUAUAAGAGAUUCGCACGUAUCAGAGGGUUGGACUGCUGAAAAUGAUCAAACUAUUAUAAGAGAUUCUCACGUAUCGGAGGGUUGGACUGUCAAAAAUGAUCAAACUAAUAUUAGAGAAUCACAUGUAUUGGAAGGUUGGACUGCCGAAAAUGAUCCAACUAUUAUUAGAGAAUCACACGUAUUGGAGGGUUGGACAGUUGAAAAUAAUCAAACUAUGAUUAGAGAUUCGCACCUAUUGGAAGGUUGGACUGACGAAAAUGAUCCAACUAUUAUAAGAUAA